AACCACCAAUUUUUCUCAUGGGUUGUAUAUAUAUAGUGGGUUUCAAGCAUGGAAUCAUAACAACUCAACAAAACAUAAUAUUUACAUACAUAUACACCUUAAACUAUCUAGCCUUGGCUAUUUCAUUUUUUCUUCCAUUCUUAAACCAUGGAACAUACAACACUUGCAUUGAUACUUUCAAUUUUGUUUAUUUGCUUUCAUUUAGUCCGAUCAUUUGUUAGUCACUCAACAAAGUCCAAUAAACUUCCACCCGGGCCUAAAAGAAUGCCAAUUUUUGGCAAUAUUUUGGAUCUUGGGGAGAAGCCUCAUCGAUCAUUUGCAAAUCUUGCUAAGAUUCACGGCCCUUUGGUGAGUUUGCAGUUAGGAAGUAUCACAACAAUUAUAGUGUCUUCAGCUGAUGUAGCCAAAGAAAUGUUUCUUAAAAACGACCAGUUACUUGCUAACCGAACCAUUCCUGAUUCUGUUAGGGCAGGAAACCACGACAAGCUCUCCAUGUCGUGGUUGCCCAUAUCAGCUAAAUGGAGGAAUCUCAGAAAGAUCUCCGCCGUGCAACUUCUCUCUAAUCAACGACUUGAUGCUAGCCAAGCCCAUAGACAAGCCAAGGUCGAACAACUUCUUGCAUACGUGCAAGAUUGUUCUAAGAAAGGGCAACCCGUUGAUAUAGGGAGGGCCGCGUUUACAACUUCUCUAAACUUAUUAUCAAACACAUUUUUCUCAACGGAAUUGGCAAGCCACGAGUCGAAUAAUUCCCAAGAGUUUAAGCAACUCAUGUGGAACAUAAUGGAGGAAAUUGGUAGACCAAAUUAUGCCGAUUAUUUCCCCAUUCUUGGCUACGUUGAUCCGUUCGGCAUAAGGCGUCGUUUGGCUGCUUACUUUGAUAAACUCAUAGCUGUUUUUCAAGACAUAAUUUGUGAAAGGCAAAAAAUUCGAUCAACCAAAGUUUCAAGUGAAAAACAAACGGGUGAUAUUUUAGACACACUUCUCAACCUUUAUGAUGAAAAUGAGUUGAGUAUGGGUGAGAUUAAUCAUCUUCUUGUGGACAUCUUUGAUGCCGGAACAGAUACUACAGCUAGCACAUUAGAGUGGGCAAUGGCUGAGCUUGUUAAAAAUCCCGGGAUGAUGAUAAGAGUACAAAAUGAAAUCGAACUAGCCAUCGGCAAAGGUUGCUCCAUGGUCCAAGAAGCUGAUAUCUCAAAACUACCUUACUUGCAAGCCAUCAUCAAAGAAACAUUGCGAUUGCACCCUCCAACUGUAUUUCUCUUACCUCGAAAGGCAGACAUUGAUGUAGAGUUAUAUGGUUACGUCGUACCAAAAAAUGCACAAGUUCUAGUCAAUCUUUGGGCCAUUGGUCGCGAUCCAAAGGUAUGGAAAAAUCCCGAAAUAUUUUCACCUGAAAGGUUUUUAGGGUGUGACAUCGAUUUUAAAGGACGAGAUUUUGAACUCUUGCCCUUUGGUGCCGGAAGAAGGAUAUGCCCUGGAUUAACUUUGGCUUAUAGAAUGUUGAACUUAAUGAUGGCUAAUUUUGUUCAUUCCUUUGAUUGGAAGCUUGAAGAUGGAAUGAAUCCAAAAGAUUUGGACAUGGAUGAGAAAUUUGGUAUCACAUUGCAAAAGGUUAAGCCUCUCCAAGUUAUUCCAGUACAUAGGAAACACUGCAUGUCAUAAUUUGACAUUAUAAUUAAUAUCUUAGAGUUAAUUUUUUGCAUGAUUAUUGGUUCUGUAUUUCAUUUAAGGAGAGUGACGAGUUAAUAAAUACGUAGUACGUACUCCCUUAUUUUGUACUACCUCCGUUACAUAUUAGUUGCAACUUUAGGGUAUUAUUUCUGACAUAAAAUAUUCCAAAGUUGCAACUAAUAUGUAACGAAAGUAGUACAUCAAUUAUUUGAAAUAUUUAUUGUUCUUGUACCAAUUUUACAAUUGUUAUAUAUUAGUACAAUUGUAGCUACACCUUUCAAAAUUAGCUUUCAUAGAAAUAAUUGUUCAAAGAAGUUCAUUAAUGUGUAUCAUAGCUAAAUAUAUUAUUAACUGCAUGUUGCUCUAUUACUCGAUCAAUUUUAUUCAUUGUAUUACUUGAUUUGAUAUUCAAACUGCUAAACCAACUUCUACGAUCCCAAUCUAUUGUAUCAAUUUUUCGAAUGUUAAGCAAUAUGUUAAUUUAUAG